AUGAACUACGCCGGCCCCGCGUCCGCGCGGGUGACCACUCUGCCGCAGGAAGACAUACCCAGGUGGACGGUUGCGACGGCCCCCGAUGACUCUCGUCCACCAACCCUCAGUACGCCAUCCCCCGGUCCUCACGGCGCGUAUGGGUCGUCUUGGGGAGGGCGGGCCGGGACGCAAACAGGCGGAUCGGAUGAGGUGCACCCGGCUGAGGUCAGGGCACCCGUGGGCCGUCAACCGUCCCAGCGGCGACAUCUGGGCGGGGCAGGCGUGGAUGCGUCCAAGUGGGACGCCAUGCGGGCGCCCUCAGACGGUUUCUGA